AAUGAGUGUGUCGAUGCUCACAUGACGAGAUUGUCUUCGGUGAUAAAGAUUGUGUUAUAUAUUUGGAGGGUACGUAGUAUAGCUAGUCAAAAGCAACGAACAUAUGUUGGAGUAAUAUGGAGAUGUUUCUAAUAUUACCUGUUCUGUGUGCUUUGACGCUGUUACUGCUGAUCGGUGGCAGGGAUGCCAAACAACCGAAUAUAGUGUUCAUGGUAGCCGAUGAUUACGGCUGGAACGAUGUAGGGUUUCGUAACCCCGACAUGAUCACCCCAAACAUUGACAAGCUGGCGUACGAGGGAGUCAUACUUAACCAGUCCUACGUACAACCCCUAUGUACACCGUCCCGGAAUGCUUUCAUGACGGGGGUGUAUCCUUUCAAAGCUGGACUUCAGCAUGGAGCUCUGAUGGCUCAGCAAGCAGUGUGUUCGCCCUUCAAUAAACCUUUCCUCCCCCAAUACCUAAAGAAACUGGGAUAUGAAACCCACGCCAUAGGAAAAUGGCAUCUGGGAUUCUGUAAGUGGGAAUGUACCCCGACGUACCGAGGAUUUGACUCGUUCUAUGGAUUUUACCUGGGCCAUGAGCAUUACUAUAACAGAUCUAUGGCUGGUGGAAAGGAUUUCAGGGACGAUAAACAACCCUUUAUGCCGGAUACCACGAAAUAUUCAACUUAUGUCUAUGCCGAUCGUGCGCGGAAGGUGAUAUCCAAACACGACAAGAGCAAGCCAUUCUACCUGUACUUCCCAUUCCAGUCCGUCCAUCAGCCGAUCGAGGUUCCCGUAAGUUAUGAGAAUAUGUACAGCAACAUAAAGAAUGAAGGGCGAAGGAAAUACUCUGGUAUGGUGACGGCUAUGGAUGACUUGGUAGGGAAUGUGACUGCCGCCCUGAAGGAAAAUGGCAUGUAUGACGACACACUCUUCAUCUUCACCUCCGACAAUGGGGGAUGGCCACUCUACCACGGUAACAACUACCCACUUCGAGGCGGGAAAGUCACUAUAUACGAGGGCGAUACCCGGGCGACAGCUUUUAUCAGCGGAAAAGGACUGGAAAAAACAGGAUAUACAUAUAACGGUAUGAUGCACGCUGUUGACUGGAUGCCAACCAUAUUGUCUGCCGCCGGGGGUACACCAGAAAAGGACAUUGAUGGAAUUGACCAAUGGGAUAGCCUGAGGACCGGUGCCCCGUCCAAACGAACUGAGUUCAUAUACAACUUGGACGAUAUGAAUCCCCGUAAUGAAGGACAUGCGGCUAUCAGAGUUCACACUAGUUUGAAUGUGUUUAUCAACUCAAUUCUGCCGUUUCUGCAUGAAAACAUUAAAAAGUCAGAUGACCCGUAUGAACAUAACGACUUGUCCCUGUCACACUUGGAUAUUGCGGAGGAGCUGAGUAAGAAGAUGGCUGAAUAUCACAAACAGAUGAUUCCCGCUAAUUUCCCAAACAACUCUGCAGCUGCUAACCCUAACAAUUUCGAUGGAUAUUGGUCCCCUGGCUGGUGCUGAUGAACAAACAUGUUACUUGGGCAUGAUAUAUCUGAGACUGUUACACAUCUGAUUAUAAAGCAUAUUUAAAUGUCAAUAUCUAAAUAAAUAGCAAAUCUUAUAACUGAACAUAAGCCAUCUUCCGGCAGUCGGGACAGACUAAACGACAAAACAUGUUCCAUCACCUCAAGCAUUGGCAUACACCGUCGCAAAACAUUGUUAAGCAUCUUUCAACAGACAUACACCGUGACAAAACGGAACGAAGAAUCU